UCAGGCAUUUUAAAUUUCCUCUUAUUUUUUUAAUAUUUUAAAAAAAAAAAGGAAGAAGAAGAAGAAUAUAAGCAAAAAUUAUGUAAAAGCUAAGCCAAGAAAAGCAGGAAGCAGCAUAUGCUCUCUUCUUAUUUUAGGGGAAAGGAGAGAAGAAGAGGAAGAAGAAGAAGAGACAGGAGGGGCUUCUCUACCUUCUCUGCUCUUUUCAUUACUUCUUUUUGCAGCUUUUUCUUCUUUUUCAAGGGUGGAAAACUAGAAGGUGAUGAGAGGAUCUUCCAUAUAAGGUAGAAACAGUAAUGCUAGGAACAUGGGUAAGAAAGGGAGUUGGUUUUCUGCAAUCAAAAGGGUUUUCACACCCCAGUCCAAGGAGAAGCUAAACAACGAACCCGAGGGCACUAGUAAAAAAGAUAAGAAGAAAAAGAAGGGGCUAGGCAGACUAAGGCAUGGAGAAACCAAUUCAUUCAUUCCUCUAUUCAGAGAGCCAAGCAGCAUUGAGAAAAUUUUAGGGGAAGCUGAAAGGGAGCAUAGACUAAUUUUUAGACCUCCCACACCUCCGGAGCAACCAAAAACACCACCUUUCGUGCCAAGAGCUGCUUCUCCGAGGAUUCCUUCUCCAAGGGUUGCUUCUCCAAGGCCUAGUUCUCCGAGGGUUGCUUCCCCAAGGCCUAGUUCUCCGAGGGUAACUUCUCCGAGAGCUGCUUCUCCAAGAGUUGCUUCCCCAAGGGUUUCUUCUCCAAGACCCGUGUCUCCUAAAAUUGUUCAACACCAAAGGGAGACAAGCUACAGGCCGGAGCCAACUCUUAGGAACCAUCAUGCUUCGGCUACCAAGAUCCAAGCAGCCUAUAGAGGUUAUAUGGCAAGGAGGAGUUUUAGGGCUUUGAAGGGUCUAGUGAGACUUCAAGGAGUUGUACGGGGACAGAAUGUGAAACGCCAAACAAUGAAUGCCAUGAAGUAUAUGCAACUGCUUGUCCGGGUUCAAUCUCAGAUUCAAUCAAGGAGGAUCCAAAUGUUAGAAAACCAAGCCCGACAACAAGCUCAAUACAGGAACAAUAAAGAUGUAGAGGGUACACUGGGAAAAUUGGCAAUGAGCCAAGCUUCCGAAGCAGGUAACGAGGACUGGGAUGCCAGCUUGUUAACAAAAGAGGAAGUAGAAGCCAGGUUGCAGAGAAAGGUGGAGGCAAUCAUUAAGAGAGAAAGAUCAAUGGCCUAUGCAUAUUCCCAUCAGUUAUGGAAAACCACUCCUAAAUCGGCUCAAACUGCUCUAUCCGAUAUACGAUCUGGUGGCUUUCCUUGGUGGUGGAACUGGUUGAACACAACUUCCUCCGAACAACUCAGAAAAUCAAUCAGUGAAGAAUUUCCAACUACGCCGUCAAGGCCAAAUUCAGAGAUGAAGCCAAGCCCGCGGCCACAGUCAAGCAACAACAGGCAUCAUUUCGGGUUUGACAACUUGGAUACUCCGACACCAAAAUCUUCACGAUCUCCCUUCUAUCCACCGUCGAUAAAACACGCAAGAACUCCACCUCUGAGCAGAACUCCACAACCGCAUAACAUGACAUUGUCGAAACUUUUAAAAGCAAGAGAGAGUGGAGCUGAAUCUCCUCUCAGCAUGUCAUUAAAGGAUGAUGAUAGCCUCAUGAGCUGCCCGCCAUUUUCAGUCCCGAACUACAUGACUCCUACAGUUUCCGCGAAGGCAAAAGCGAGAGCCAACAGUAAUCCAAAAGAGAGGCUUCCAGCAACUCCGAGCAGCGAGAACAGGAGACUUUCGUUCCCGCCAACACCGGGCACCGGGUCGAUCAAGUGGAACAACAAAGGGUCCAUGUUUUCUAACAAGGAAAGUAAUAGCCCUGCAAAAGUUUUAGGUAAGCAACAGUCUUUAGGGAAUGUAAGUGUGGAUUCAACAGUUUCUAUGCCUGCAACUGUUGGGAGGAAGCCAUUUAACAGAUUUGUGUGAGUGAUUUGAUUUGAUUUUGAUUAUAUUUUUAACCACUUUUUUUCUUCUUUCUCAUUUAUUUGGUGCCAUUUUGAUUGAAUGUAUGGUGAUUUAUAAUUUGAGAUACAGAUUUACUGAUGUAAAAUAAUAAAGAAAUUCUAUAGGAAAUGAUGGAUUGCAGCAUGUAACA